AUGCACACUGGAAAGUCAGGGAAUUCCAGGAAUUUGGAAAGUCAUGCUCUUGUAUCAUCUCAGGUGAUUUUGAACCAGAUGGCGCUUCUGGCCAAUCAAAUCAUGGAUCCAAGGAUUCUCAGCAGUAUGAAUGGGAGAGUAGAGUUAUCCCAAUUCUUGAGGGUUACCAAUCAAAGCAUCGUAUCCCAGGUAAAUUCUUCCCAGGAUGACAACCGCAAGAACAGGAAGUAUCCUUGCCCAUUGUGUGGAAAGCGUUUCCGCUUCAAUAGCAUUCUUUCCCUUCACAUGCGCACACACACUGGUGAGAAGCCCUUCAAGUGCCCGUACUGCGACCACAGGGCUGCACAGAAAGGUAACCUGAAGAUACACCUCCGUACUCACAAGCAAGGCAUUCUGGGCAAAGGCCGUGGGCGGAUCAGGGAGGAGAACAGGUUGCUUCAUGAGCUUGAGGAGAGGGCAAUACUAAGGGACAGGCACAUGCGUGCCGGUCACGUUGGCCUUCAGCAAACAUCUAAUAUCACCCAGCUUCAAAAGCCGCAACUGCCCCAGACACACAAGCAGUUCUUAGACAACUCUGUUGCUGCAGAGAGCCAGCCACAAACAUCUACAUCCCCUGAAGUGACUACCAUCCAUGAUGAGCCCAUCCAGCCCCAACCCACAGGUUUCAGGUGUUCUUUCUGUAAGGGGAAGUUCAGGAAGCAGCAGGAGCUUGAGCGCCACAUCCGGAUUCUGCACAAACCCUACAAGUGCACCUUGUGUGAGUUUGCCGCUUCACAAGAGGAAGAGCUCAUUGGCCAUGUUGAAAUGUCACAUAUAACUGCUGAUGCAGGCCCAGGGCAGAAGCCUACGUCGGGAGCCAGUGACAAGGGGAAGCCUGCCGGUGAAUUCCCCUGUGAGGUGUGUGGACAGACCUUUAGCCAGGCCUGGUUCCUCAAGGGCCACAUGAGAAAACACAAGGACUCUUUUGAGCACUGCUGUCAAAUCUGUGGCCGUCGUUUUAAAGAGCCCUGGUUUCUCAAGAACCACAUGAAGGUCCACCUCAACAAGCUGGCUUCUAAGAGUAAUCUCCCCACUGAGCACAACACCUCUGUUAACAUGAGUAAUCUAACACAAGACCAUCAGAACAAUCUCUACUCGCAGUACAUCUCCCGCAUUCACAACCGGUUUCUAUCGGCUGAGAGAGCUGACCAGACAGAUUAUCACCAGAUACUCGCCUCAGCAGGUGUCGACAUGAAGGUUAGGGAGAUGUUAGGGAGGAUGAUUACCUCAGGUCCGGGCCAUCUGAAUGAUGCGGAGAGCUCAUCUUUGUUCGGCUUAAAUCAUCUGCACCCUCCGCUGAGUUCCACUAGUCUGGAAUAUCUGCAGAAAAUCAUCUCUAACAGAGAUACAUUAAACAGCAGCAGCUACCCAGGCUGGCAGAUCAUGACACCAGGGCUGCAUGUUGAACAGCCAAUGUUCAAUCCCAAAGACCAGCAGCAGCAGUGCCCCUCCUUCCUGCCUGAGAGGGGCCUCCCUGUAGACGACGGGAAAGUGCGUCUUGGUGACCCGGACACCAACACCAUCAGCAGACCCAGCAGCCCAGGGAGCCUGAGUCAUCCUGGGACAGAGAUCAUCACAGAGACAGGGAGCUCCCAGUCUGGCAGUGCACUGGAACGUCAACCACAGUCCUCUUCUCCAGCUACAGGUGAGAAAGUCUACAGGUGUCCACUCUCCAGUGACUACACUGCUGCACAGACUGCCUCCCUUAGUUUCCAUCUGGAUCGCUACCACUUCCCCCACUGGCAGAGCAGCAGGGAUCUCUCCUCUCCACUGCAGCCCACCAGCAGCAGCAGCAGCUCCAGCCCCAACGCCAAGCUCAGACCCAGGUCCAGGGAAGACUGGAGCCCAGUUACAGGUCAUUAUAUUGCUCUGGAGAACCACAAUGAUAAUGCCCUGCUCAGCAACAAGCAAUCCGACCUCACUGACAAAGAUCCAGCUGUGGACAGCUCUUUAUCUGGUCAAACCAGGAAGUCCCAGUAUGAGCCUCUAGAUUUGUCUGUCAGGCCAGAGUCUGUCACGUCUCACUCAGCCAUGUCUCCUGCUGUACUGGUGCAAAUGUCUGGCACUUUCAAUAAUGGACUCUCCUCUUCCAUCACCCGCCAGCUACAAAGUUACUCCAGUGCUGCAGCUGAACUCAGUGUGAAGCCUGCAUAUCAGUGUGACCUUUUGGCACAGGAAACAGCAGAAGAAGAUAUGAAUAGACCGAAUGCAGGCUCCACAGGUCACAAUGAUGAAGGUGAAUUUGAGAAGUCCGAGCAAGGGAGGGAGGACGCAAAUGACGAUGCAGCCAAGUGGAAGAGGCUGAAAAACAGUGUCCUCGAGCCAGAGGAGGCUGGACAGGCCAACGCUGAUUUCCAGGGUCCUGGCGAGAAGCACGACAAGCUGGGACAGUGGGGCAGAGCUGUGGCUGAUUCUCCUAUCUCCUCUCUGGAGAACUUGACUCCAGGACAGGCCAAUCCCCUCCAGCACCAGGGCGGCCUGCUCUCCUUCCUCAGAUCCCAGGGGAGCCUGAGUGGCAUACCUGAAGAUGCACAAAAAGCUGCCCUGAACGGUGGAGGAAACUUGGAGAAAGAUGUUGCAUCAGGAGUGUAUGUACCAUGUGUGUAUUUGUGCGAGUGUGGGGCUGGUCUGAAGCUGUGGCUAGAGCAGCCUAUGAAUGGAGGAUCAUGUGGUGAAGAGAUGGAUGGCUCUGAGCCCACUGCUGUCUCCUCUAAUUCUCGAAAACCAUUCCAGUGCAGAUACUGCCCCUACAGCGCCUCCCAGAAGGGCAACCUGAAGACGCAUGUCCUCUGUGUCCACCGUAAGCCCUUUGACAACAGCCUUUACCCAGACCGCCGCCUCCGGCGCUCACACACGCCCCAGAGGCCCUCAAGAUUGCCCCCGAGCAUCACGGGAGACAAUCGUGCACCACAUGAUCCGGCUGCCUCAGCCUCCCAUGCCAACAGUCUGCCUGUACACCCAGAGAUCACCUUGGGCAGCUGUGUGCCUGUUCAGCCGGGGCCUUGUAGCCACAGCGAUGUGACUUUGACUGACAGUCAACCUGACAACUCCAUUCAUGCGCCACCUGCUAGCUGUCAAUCAGGGCGGCCAUCCUGGGGCUAUUGA